AAGAACGAAAAUGAAAAGCCAGCGAGAAGAGAGGUAGAAGACCCGGAAAGAUCGGUGCAGAAAAGGGAGGAGGAAAAAGCGUAAGGCGGCAGCAUCUCCGCCUCCAUGUCUCUCUCCUUCGCCGGCCACCACCCCCUCCUCCCGACCCGACCAACCCCGAACCAGGCUACCGCCCCUGAAUCCGAUUAGAUGCACCACCACCUCCCCGCCGCCGCCGCCGCGGCGACGGACCCCCCGCCGCCGCCGGUCCCCGAUCCCUCCUCCCUCCGCAUCCACAUCCCGUCGAGCCCGCACCACGCGCUGCCCUCCACCCCGCACAGGCGCCCCGUCGUCAUGACCUCCUCCUCGUUGUCGUCCACCCCCACGCGCCCCUCGCCGUCGCCCUUCACCCCGCCGCGGAGACGCAAGGUCCCCGCCCCCGCGGCCCCCGCGGCGGCGGCGGCGGCCAGGCACCUCCUCCGCUGCCUACACCUCCGCCUGCGCAUCCUCCUCCUCAUCUCGCUUCCUUCCCUCUACUUCCUCUCCCCGUCCCCCGCCAUCCUCCCGCGCUCCCUCCUCGCCGACUUCCUCUCCGCCGCCGCCUUCUCCUGCGCGCUCCUCCUCAUCCUCUGCCUCUCCCUGCCCCGCCUGCCCUACGCGCUUCCGCUCCCGCUCCCGCUCCGCCGCGCGCGCCGAUCCCCCAUCCUCUGGUCCAUCGGCUCCUCGCCGUCCGCGUCCGCGUCCACCCCCACCACUGGCCAUUUCGUCCAGGUGUACAGCAACGGCGACGUCUACGAGGGCCAGUUUCACCGCUCCCGCUGCACAGGCAGCGGCGUCUACUACUACUACAUGAGUGGGAGGUACGAGGGGGACUGGGUCGACGGCAAGUACGACGGCUUCGGCGUCGAGACCUGGGCCAGGGGGAGCCGGUACAGGGGACAGUACCGGCAGGGGCUCAGGCACGGCUACGGCGUGUACAGAUUCUACACCGGGGAUGUAUACGCUGGAGAGUGGUCGAACGGCCAGAGCCAUGGGUAUGGCGUGCACACCUGCGAGGAUGGCAGCCGAUACAUUGGGGAGUUCAAGAGGGGCGUCAAGCAUGGCCUCGGCCACUACCAUUUCAGGAAUGGUGACACCUACGCUGGAGAGUACUUUGCUGAUAGGAUGCAUGGCUUUGGAGUCUACAGUUUUGCCAAUGGCCAUAGAUAUGAGGGAGCAUGGCAUGAGGGCAGAAGACAGGGUUUAGGCAUGUAUAGUUUCAGGAAUGGAGAGACACAAGCAGGCCACUGGCAGAAUGGAGUUCUUGACACUUUAAGCACCCAGAACAUCAUCCCUGGAUCGCCUAUUGCUGUGAACCAUUCCAAGGUCCUUAACGCAGUGCAGGAAGCUAGAAGAGCUACCGAGAAGGCCUAUGAUGUCCCAAGAGUAGACGAUAAGGUGAACAAGGCCAUUGCAGCAGCUAAUAAAGCGGCCAAUGCAGCCAGGGUGGCUGCCGUGAAGGCUGCACAAAAGCGCAUCCCCAAUAAUGGGGAAGUCCCUCUGCCAUCGGGCCAUGGUGGCACUCGACACCCGAGUGAGUGCUGUUGCAUCAAGCUUUGGGAGCAGACUGAGUUUUCUGCCAUCCCUUCCAUACAUCUUUGUGGUGUCUUUUGCGCCGCAGCAGAACUCCUGCUCGGAGAACUUUCCGUUGUCGAAGGCAACUGGUGGAGGUCAGUAGUAGAUUUCUCCUGCUUUUUCUUCAGUGUAAUACCCACCCUAUGUUAGAGAGAUAUGAUGAUGUACACCCCAACAUCAGGAGACAACAUAUGUUUCUUUUGUCUCUCUUCAAGCAUGCACAGAACCUACAUGUUUCGCGGUCGCCGGGGCCGUGCUGGUUGGAGAGACCACACAUGCUGCCCGCCAAUGUUUGUACUUUGUACCAGAACGCAUAAAGAUAUCAUGAUCAUGAGUGCGUGCCUCCUGUUGUUUUGGUGGUUGAUGUGUUACUGUAAAUUGAAGAGUUGUUGCUGAA